UCCAGUUCAAUGCUCCAGAAGCGAAAUGAUAAGGAGGAGGAUGUGAGGAUGAAGCAAAUAUCGGAUGCAACCAAUCAAAGAGAUCGGUUAGAUAAUGCCGCCAGUUAUAUAAAGCAAUUACGUGAAAGAAUAGAAGAACUGAAAGAAAGAAAGCAAUUAGCAAUGCGUAUAAAAGGAAUUAAUAGCAGUAUGAGAGAUUCCAUGAAAACUGAUGAUGUGGGACUGCCUGUACUUGAACUUAGAGAAUCAGGUCCUAAUCUUGACGUCGUUUUGAUUAGCGGGUUGAAUAAAAGCUUCAUGUUUCAUCAAAUAAUUUGUGUUCUUGAAGAAGUAGGAGCUGAAGUCGCCAAUGCCAGUUUCGCUUGUGUGGGAGAUAGAAUCUUCCACACAAUUCACGCUCAGGUCAAGUGCUAUAGAGUUGGUAUUGAAACUUCAACGAUAAGUGAAAGAUUGAAGGAGGUGGUUCAUUCAAGAUCAUUUGCCUACAGUAGCAGCAUGGGAGGAGAGUCAGGAGACAAUCAACCAAUGCGAAUUAACUAG